AGCAAAACCACCAUUUAUUUUGCACACUCCCUCUGAUAUGAAAAUUAUACCCCUUUUUUAAUUAUUUAUUAUUAUUAUUAUUAUUUUUCCCUUUUGCAUGCCUUUCUCUUCUCUCUGAUUCGAUUUUAGUCAUUUUUUCGCCCACCCCAUCUCUUCUUCCCCGCUUCUCGAAUUAAAAAAACAGAUAAAGUUUCGUUUUUUAAAGUUUUUAUUGUAUUGGGGUGGUGCGUUUUCGGUUUUUCUCUGCAAAUUUCGCACCCUGUAAUAAAAUUUUCCCCUUCGGUUAUUGAAAGAGAGUGAGAGAUAGAAAGAAAAAAAAAGAAUGAGGUGGGAAAAGGUUCAGAUGAACCCUUUAGAGGGCAAUGAUGGAGGAGGGCCAGGGAAGAGGUGGGGACACACCUGCAACGCCAUUAGAGGUGGCAGACUUGUCUAUGUCUUCGGUGGUUAUGGCAAAGAUAACUGUCAGACCAACCAAGUUCAUGUCUUUGACACUGUGAAACAGACUUGGAGCCAACCUGCAAUAAAAGGCACCCCGCCUACUCCUAGAGACAGCCAUACUUGCACUGCAAUUGGUGAUAAUCUGUAUGUGUUUGGGGGUACCGAUGGCAUGAACCCGUUGAUGGAUUUGCAUAUUCUAGACACUUCUUCAAAUACGUGGAUAUCUCCAACUAUAAGAGGCGAAGGGCCAGAGGCACGGGAGGGUCAUAGUGCUGCAGUUGUUGGCAAACGGCUAUUCAUCUUUGGUGGUUGUGGAAAAUCUGCAGAUAAUAAUACUGAAGUCUACUAUAAUGAUCUUUAUAUAUUGAAUACUGAAACAUUUGUAUGGAAGUGUGCUCAAACAUCAGGCACUCCACCAUCUCCUCGCGAUAGCCAUACUUGCUCGUCUUGGAAAAACAAAAUUAUCGUGUUAGGGGGUGAAGAUGGUCAUGAUUAUUACUUGUCUGAUGUCCACAUCCUUGAUACUGAUACUCUAAUUUGGAGGGAGCUGAGUACAUCAGGCCAACUGUUGCCUCCACGAGCUGGUCAUUCUACUGUCGCUUUUGGCAAGAACUUGUUUGUAUUUGGCGGAUUUACGGAUGCACAAAACCUAUACAAUGACCUCUAUAUGCUUGACAUCGAUACUGGUAUUUGGACAAAUGUUGCAACGACUACCAAUGGCCCUUCUGCUCGAUUUUCUGUAGCCGGUGACUGUUUAGACCCAUUUGUGGGCGGUGCUCUUGUGUUCAUCGGUGGUUGUAAUAAAAGCCUCGAGGCCCUGGACGACAUGUAUUUCCUCUACACAGGGAUUGCUAGGGAAAGCGAACAGAGACCAGAGAAGUUAUCUUUAAGAAAGCAGUUGAAACUAAAAUGCCAAGAGCAAAAUACCAAUCCCGUUCAAAAUCAAGUUCUGGUUAGAUAUGGAGUCGGUGCUGAUGUUAGCCCGCUCAUGACAGUGUUGAAUUAUAGCCAGCCAAGUAGACUAAAUCUCCCAGUAAAUCAAGGCUUCACUCCUGGAAAGAAAAUGUUUGAAUGCAAGGUUACUGAAUCCAUCUCGGAAGGUUAUACUAUCGAAACUAUUAUUGAUGGAAAGCUUCUUCGAGGUGUUCUGUUUUCAAAUAAGCCAAAGUCUUUGCACCCAGCUGCUAAUACUUCAACCAGCAGGAAAAGGGCCGGUGGUGAAACUGACGUUAUCUCAAAUGGUAUACACCCUGAUAAAUCAAAGAUUCCUAAAGUGACCAAUCAAGAUGAAACAGAAAACAGACAAGCAGUUCACGGAGACAGUUUAGAAUCUCAUGAACACCGUGCUGAAGGGGUUGCUGCUCUUCUAUCAAGCAACCUGACAGCUGCUGACACUUCUGAUACCCAUAAGGUUUCUGCUAACCCAGAACGAAAUGAUGAUGGAAAGAAUGAAGCACCCCAACCCGUAGGUGAAAACGUGAAAAAUGAUGGAGCAAAUGACAUAGUAAGUUCAAAAACUGAUGGGCAAACAAGUGUACCAAUUUCCAAUUUUGAAGUUCCAAGACAUGAUAACAAAAGCGAUGCACCAAACUGCAACUUUGAAUUUCUAAAACUUUUUCCUCUGAAUAACCAGGUGUAAUGGCGGAUUGCACGACCCCAAGGACAGAAGAAUGCAGCAAACCAGCAAAGCUAAUUUGAACUCGGUUAUUCGCUGAUGGUUAUGAAGACCUAGUCUGCGUGGCGAUUUGUACAUUCCCGGUUCUCAAGGUGAUAGAGGUUCAUAUAACUGGUGGUAUAGGCUAACAUCUUGGAUUGGUUGGGAUACAUAUAAAUGCUAUUAUUGGCUGUGACACCCCUUGAUCUGAAAAUUGAUGAUUUUACCUUUAGGAGGUGUAGGUAGUGGUAGAAAGUAGUCUUUAAUUUAGUGAGUUAUUUAUCCAUUUAUUACUUUCCCGUCUUCAUUCACUCUAAGGAAGAAAAUUUUGUUGAAGACUACUACUAUUCAAUAGUUAGUUACUCUAAUGUUCUUGUUUCCAUCUUAUAUGAGCCUGGUUUCUUAUA